AUGGUGACUUCCAGCAACAACAAUUAUGAUUAUAGAUAUUCCUCCAGCUUUUCUGACGAGGAUUCCAAAGCUUCUGCAGCCAAAUCGAAAGCUAAUACAAAUCAUGAUGAGGGGAAAAAUCCUAGCAAACCGCUGAAUGACCGGAGAGGCAUUUAUACUCAGCUUAUGAAGCGAAAAUUCGAGACUGAUGAAGCAGAGGAUCGUAAGCGUAGAAAGGAUCGAAUCCGGCACAGAAUACUAGCGGCUGAGGAGAGACGCCGAUUCGUCGAUGGUGUACCCUCUGACUCUGAUGUUGAUGUUUCUGAAGAGGAAUCCGUGCGGUCAUUACCGGAGCGCAAGAUCAAGCCAGACCGGCGUACCAGGGAGCUCCAAAAGAUUGCGAAACAAGUUGAAUCUGAACUUGAAGCAGAAGAAGACUCGGACUCGGACGAUCCUUAUACCCAUCCAGACUUCAUUAAUAGCCUUGAUAGUGAUUCCGACGAAGAGGAGGAUUCCGAGAAGGACGAUGAAGAUGAAUCUGACAACUCGGAUGAAUCUGACGAGUAG